UGAUGCCCAUCCCACUGCCCCCAUCACCACUUCCUCACCCACUCUCACACCCGUGUCCCUCUCUGAACACAUUGAGCAAUUCUCCUCCUUCCCCAGGCCUGGCUGCAGCACCAACACUCUCAGCCCCACGGAUUUGGGGUCUGCUGCAAGAGAGGACCCCAAGGCAUGGCCAGAGAUGGGGCUGUGCUGCUCGGCUGUGUGCUGCUGGUGAUGGCUGGGGGUCUGCAGUGCUGCCGUGCCUUCGAGGUGCUGAUGGGGAAACAGGGAGAGCUGCUGUCCUUCCCAGCACUUCGCCCUGUAGCCAAUGACAUUGUGAGGAUCCUCUGGAUGUCCAAAACCUAUGGUACUCACAUUGCUGAGGCCAAGCCUGGGGUGAAGGAGUUUGCAGUGAAUUUCUUGCCCAAAUUCCAAGGCCGGCUACGAAUCCAUCUCCAGUCACUGUCAUUGGAGAUCACAGAGCUUCACAGCACAGAUGAAGGCCUGUACUCUGCAGUGGUGGACACUGCCUCCAACCCCAGCAGCCCCAGGACAUUUUCCUACUCUGUGAAGGUUCUCGAUCACACACCUUGGACAACUGACAGCGAUACAGGAGGACACAGCAGGAGCACAACUGAACCUGGAAUGAGCUCUGAGUCCCAUACUGUGGGGAGGACCACACUGGGUCCAAGCAAGGGGCAGGUCCCAGAUGCUGGAGGGGCUCCAGGGUUGUGUGGGGCACAGGGUGGGUACUGCACGCUUAAGGGGUAUCUGAUAGCUGCUGUGUUUGGCCCACUGGUGGUGCUGCUGGUGGCUGUGCACGUGGUGACCAGGCAUUGAGACUGGGAGAUGAGAAAGAUCCACAUUGGGCUCCAAAGGAUUGAGGUCUGAGCCCACCCAGCACAACCCCAUAGGAUCAUUGGAUUUAUCCAGACAGGAAAAGCCACAUUCACCCCAGUGAAGCCCUAUGAGGGCAUAAAAUGCAUUUCCUGAUCUCUUGCACAAGUCCCAAACCCAGUGACACUAUUUCCUCCCAGCAGCCACACAAACCCCACUGCAUCCCAGUGUGGGAAUCUCCUCCUUUAUGGGGUCAAGCAUUGAAUUCAUACCCACAGCCCCAUAUUGGAUGCAAGGUAAAGGAUUCAGCAUCUCAACCAACCUCCCACAGUUUAUGAUAAGUGAAUUAUUUACUGGUGACCCCAACUAAACGCCACGUGGCAUAAAUUAUGGACGGGCAGAUCUGUCAAAUAAGAAAAGUUCUCAUAAAUAAGUGAUCUGGUGCCA